CUCUCUGCGACAGGUCUGUCCGAGUGCCGCAGGCGGAGAUUCCCAACUCGGGAGCGCUCGGCCCGUCCGGUCCCCUAACCCGCCAGCAUCUCCCAACCUGCCGCCUCCUCCCCACGGCGGAGCUGGGAAGCGGGGAGGGGGGGGAGGAGAAAGGGGGGAGGGGCAGCGCCUUCCCCGGGGUCCCCCGGACUUAGGAAGCAUCAGAUCCCGCGCUCCUCUGCCGGUCCCUGGCGCUUCUGCCCUGCCUGCCCCCUUCCCCCCGCGUUCCCGGUGGAAGAUGAAUCUAUGGCUGGUGGUCCUGGGGGCGCUGUCCUGGCCCGUGACUGGCCUGGGCUCCGAGCAGAGCGGUGUCUGUUGGCUACAGCAGGGCAAGGAAGAGAAAUGCAACGUGAUCCUGCAGACAGGGGUGAGCUGGGAGGAGUGCUGCAGGACUGGCCAUGUGGACACUGCUUGGUCCAACAAUACCGAGGCAGGCAACAAGAUCAGCCUAUUGGGACUCCUGGGGCUGGUGACCUGCCAUCCCUGCAGAGAGAGUUGCGAGGGGGUGGAGUGCGGUCCCGGAAAAGUGUGCAAGAUGAAGCUAGGCCGGCCUCAGUGCCUCUGCGCUCCCAACUGCUCCGGCCUCCCCCGCCGGCUACAGGUCUGCGGCUCUGACAGUGCCACCUACAGAGACGAAUGUGAGCUGCUGAUUGCCAAGUGCCAGGGUCGCCCCGACCUGGAGGUCAUGUACCCCGGCAGGUGUAGAAAGUCCUGUUCCCACGUGCUGUGUCCUGGAACGCAAACUUGCGUGGUGGACCAGACGGGCAGUGCCCACUGCGUAUUCUGCCGGGCGGCGCCCUGCCCUCUUCCCUCCAGCGAGGACCAGGAGCUCUGCGGGAACAACAAUGUCACCUACGCCUCCUCGUGCCACCUGCGGCAGGCCACCUGCUUCCUGGGCAGGUCCAUCGGCGUCCGCCACUCCGGGAGCUGCACAGUUGCCACCAAGAUCCCCAGGCACCUGGAUGAUCCUGAAGAGAACUCCGUGUGAGGGUGCCGACCCUGGGAAAAGGGGCUUUGUGUGCAUACUGUACAAACCAUAUACCUGAUAUUUAUUAAAAUCAAAGAGCCUUAUUUAUA